GUAGGCUUGCCAGGUGUCCGGCUUUAGCCGGACAUGUUAGGCUUUUUGCAGUCGCGUCCGGCCAAAUAUGUACGUGUUUGGCCUGUCCGGCUUUUGUCAGGCUUUUUGUCAGAGUGGCGAUUCGUACGACGAUGGGCGGACGAGCGCCCGACCCGAACGGACAAGGGCGAGCGGAGAGCAAACUAUCUUCCGGCCCGCGAUUCGCGCCGCGCCGCGCGUCACGCGUGGCGUGCGUGAGCGUGGUUACCCCGCCCCGCUGCUCGCACCGUCCGCAGACAGGUUCGCGCCCGUUAGUCUGCCCUAGGAACGCGUGGCGUUUGCGCGUGCUUGGCGUGUGUUCACGUACAAUUAAGUAUUUCAGUUAGCGGCGACCGUAUUUUUGAUCUCUCUAUUAGUCAUGUCGAAAAGAAAAUGUAUAUUUUCUGACAGUUUAAAAAGUCAAUACAAGAUGUUCAAAUCUGGCAAAGAGCCAUGGGACGCAAAAUGUGUAAUUUGUGAUCAAAUAAUUUCCAUUGCUAAUAAGGGCAAAGCUGACUUAGAAAAGCAUUUAAAUACCGAAAAACACAAAAUGAAGAUUCGUAGUACGGCAUCUACAUCAAGAAUUGAUAUUUUCAUGGAAUCCAAUGCGAACUUAAAUCUUCAACGGAGCGUUCGGGCCACAGAAGCUACUCUGGUUUAUCAUACCGUUAAACAUCACGAAUCAUUUAACUCUCUAGAUUGCACAGCUCCACUUUGCAAGAGUAUAUAUCCAGAUUCGAAAAUCGCAAAAGAUGUAACCUGUUCCCGCUCAAAAGCUGAAGCUAUCCUAAAAAAUGUUUUAGGCCCAUUUGCCCAAGAAAAUAUGUUAAAAGAAGUGUCAAAAAUCAGAUACUUGAGCGUCUCCACAGAUAGUAGCAACCAUGGUGCUAUUAAGCUAUUUCCUGUGCUUAUACAAUAUUUCAACCCUGAAAAGGGAGGAAUUCAAGUUAAAUUACUGGAGCUACAGGCCUUACCGAACGAGACUGCUGAAACAAUAUCCACUUACAUACACACCAUUUUGACGGACAAAAACUUAUUGGAUAAAUUAAUAGCUUUUUCAGCGGACAACACCAAUACUAACUUUGGCGGUAGAGAGAGAAGUGGGACCAACAGCGUCUACAGUAGACUCAAAUCAGCUACUCAAAACGAUGAUAUGGUCGGUGUUGGAUGUAUUGCACAUAUCUUCAGCAAUUCCGUACAUCACGCAAUCGAAUCUUUACCAAUCUGUGUAGACAGCAUAGUGAUGCAAAUGCACAACCAUUUUGCCAGCUUCACAGUUCGUACUGAAGCUUUAAAAAAAGUUUGUUCAGAAUUGGAAAUUGAUUUUAAACGUAUGCUUAGCCAUUCAAAAACCCGCUGGCUAUCUCUUUAUCCCGCCAUAGAGAGAAUCUUGCAAAUGUACGAGCCAUUAAAGUCAUACUUUCUUUCACUGAGUUAUCCGGCCAGAACAUUGCAAAUGUUUUUCGAAAAUGACUUCUCUGAGUGUUAUUUAUGGCUCUUACAUUCUUUCAUGUCUAUAUACCAAAGCCGAAUCAAACACACUGAAACUGCUGAUAUUUCUGUCAAUGAAGUAAUUGAUCAGUGUUCGCAAGUAGUGGAAAAUAUAAACGAAAGAUUGGAACAAAAUUUUUGCCCCAUGAAAGUGACCGAAAUUUUACGGCGUUUAUCGGAGGCUCGUCGGGAUGAGGUAGAAGAUUUUAAACAAAACAUGAGAAGAAUGUACAAUAUUGCCAAAGAUUACCUGAAUUCCUGGACCAGUGAAUUUUGUACUGACCUAAAACACUUUCAGUGGAUGACUUUAGCUAAUAUUCCAAGCUGGGAACAAGGGGCAAAAACGAUAGACACUUUGUCUAGAAAAAAUGUACAGUUAAAUGACAAUAAAUUUUUUGAUCAGUGGCAAAACUUCAUAAAAUUUUUAAAGCAACACGAAGAUGACUCUGACUUUAAAAAGCUGUUGGCACAUCAGAAGUGGACCUCGUAUUUUAAAUCAUUUAAUAAUGAAGAAUUUUAUUCGGAACUGCUUAAGUUGGCAGAAUAUUAUUUUGCAAUACCAGGCCACAAUGCCAACGUUGAAAGAGUUUUCUCUUUAAUAAACGCCCAGUGGACAAAGGAACGCAGUAGACUACAAACAGAUACAAUUGCUAAGAUGAUGUUCUUGUUAUGCAAUUUAAAAUUAACAUGUAAAGAAAUUUACGAUAUGAUUUCUAAGGAAAACGAAAUUCUUGACAAAGUAGGUGCAAGUGCCAAAUAUAACUAGAUUUUGUUAUUUUUUAAAGAUUUUAAAUUGUUCUAUAAAUACCUACUAUAAAGUAAAUUCUUACCUAGCCGUAAAAUUAAUAUUAUCUUUUUGUUA